GAGUCAAUUUCACUUUCUCUUGUGGAGUGGAUUCGGAUCCAAGUGCCGCGGCUCCGGAUUGCAUCGCCCCCCACACCGUGAGAGCAAGAGGACAGUUGGGGGGGGAAAAAAAAUGACCUUUGUGUACCCCAAAGCUCUUCGGGAUGAGACACAAGUCGAUGAUUAUCACGGGACAAAAGUCCCUGAUCCCUACGCCUGGCUGGAAGACCCGAACAGCGAGCAGACCAAGGCGUUUGUCGAGGCCCAGAACCAGUUGACGAUGCCUUUCCUGGAGCGCUGUCCGAUUAGAAAGCAACUCCACCAGCGCAUGACUGAGCUCUACGACUACCCCAAGUACAGCUGCCCCUCUAGGAAAGGGAAGAGGUAUUUUUAUUUUCACAACACGGGACUGCAGAACCAGGACAUCCUGUAUGUGCAGGACUCGCUGGACGGGGAACCUCGCGCGUUCCUGGAUCCCAACAAACUGUCCGAAGACGGGACCAAGGCUUUAACCAUGCUGGCUUUCUCUGAGGACAAUGAGAUCCUGGCCUAUGGACUGUCCAAUAGCGGCUCCGACUGGGUGACCAUUAAGUUCCUGAAGGUGGAAGGUCCUGAGGAGCUGCCGGACACGCUGGAGAAAGUCAAGUUCAGUUGCUUAUCGUGGACGCACGAUGGAAAGGGUGUGUUCUACAACCGCUACCCCGAGCAGGACGGCAAGUGUGAUGGCACAGAAACCACCUCUAACCUGCACCAGAAGCUGUACUACCACAUACUGGGGACUCCGCAGGCCCAGGACAUCCUGUGUGCUGAGUACCCGGAUAAUCCCAAAUGGAAAAGCGGGGCUCGGGUCUCUGACCAAGGCCGCUAUGUGGUGCUAUCCAUCAGGGAAGGUUGCAAACCCAAGAACAGGAUCUGGUAUUGUGACCUGCACCAGUUGCCGCAAGGCAUCACCGGCCUCCUGCCAUGGGUGAAGCUGAUUGACAACUUUGAGGCGGAGUAUAGCUACAUCACUAACGAAGGUUCAGUCUUUACGUUCAGGACCAACCUGAACGCCCCUCGUUACUGCAUCAUCAACAUCGACCUGGAAAAGCCGGAGCCCAUGCAGUGGGUAACCCUCAUUCCCCAGCACGAGAAGGACGUCUUGGACUGGGCGACUUGCGUGAACUACACGUUCCUGGUGGUCAGCUUCCUGCACAACGUGAAGGACGUCCUGCAACUCUACCACCUCCCUACUGGAAAAUUCCUCAAGAACCUUCCUCUGGAUGUGGGCAGCGUGGUGGGAUACAGCGGGCGGAAGAAGAACACGGAAAUCUUCUAUAUGUUCACGUCCUACCUGACGCCGGGGGUCAUCUACCACUGUGACCUGACCAGGGAGACCCUGGAGCCCAAGAUUUUCCGGGAGGUGGAGAUCAAAGGAUUCAGUUUCUCCGAAUACCAGACGAUUCAGGUUUUUUUCCCAAGUAAAGAUGGGACUCAGAUUCCGAUGUUUAUUGUGCACAAGAAGGGGAUCAAACUAGAUGGCUCGCACCCCGUCUUACUGUACGGAUACGGAGGAUUCAGCAUCUCCCUGACUCCGACCUAUGACGUUUCUUACCUGGUUUUCGUCAGACACCUGGGUGGGAUCCUGGCCGUGGCUAAUAUCCGAGGAGGAGGAGAAUACGGAGAAACAUGGCAUGAGGCUGGGAUCCUGGGGAAGAAGCAGAACGGAUUUGAUGAUUUCCAGUGUGCAGGCCAGUACCUGAUCAAUCAGGGCUACACCUGUCCCAGCAAACUCACCAUCAAUGGCGCUUCCAAUGGCGGCCUUCUCGUCGGGGCAUGUGUGAACCAGCGACCUGACCUGUUUGGCUGUGCGGUGGCAGAGGUGGGAGUGAUGGACAUGUUAAAGUUCCACAAAUUCACCAUCGGCCAUGCCUGGACCACCGACUUCGGCUGCUCCGACAAUGCCGAGGAGUUUGAAUGGCUCAUCAAGUACUCGCCACUGCAUAACAUCCGGGUGCCAGCAAGCGGGGUUCAGUACCCGGCCAUACUGUUGCUGUCGGCAGAUCACGAUGAUCGUGUGGUGCCCCUGCACUCUCUCAAGUACCUGGCGACUCUGCAGCACACACUGCGGCAGUGCCCAAUCCAGAGGAACCCGCUCUUGAUCCGCGUGGACACCAAGUCCGGCCAUGGAGCUGGCAAACCCACCGCCAAGAUCAUCGAGGAGAAUGCCGACAUCCUCACCUUCAUCACCGAGAGCCUGCAGCUGAGCUGGGUUGAGUGAGGGGGUGGCCUGUGAUGUGGGGGGGGAGGGGGUGGAUUAUGUGCAGUGAUGGGGUGGAAGAGAGGAGAAGCUCGCAAUUUAAAUUUAGUGAUCAGACUUUGAUUUCACUUCAAAUGUAAAAUCUUUUCUAAUAAUUAAAUACCUCCCAGCGUUUUGAAAGUU